AUGAUGCAACAUUUAUUACCGACAAUGAUUAUCCUGGCAGCUUAUUAUACUGUAGCAGAUAUCAUCUUAUUAGGACAAUGUCUGUGGUACGAUAAUGAAGAGGAUGUGGAUCCAAUCCAUUUAUCUCCUGCCAAUCCUAUAAAUGAAAAUGUCCUUCAAGACGUAUUUAAUGAAUAUCAACCUCUUUUACAACAAAAUGGGGAACCAAAUAUAAGAUCGGAAGCAGAAGGUGCAUCUAGAUCACAAGCUAUCGAUGCACUACUCGAGAUUGAAGAACAAGAAGUCAAGGGUAAUUAUAUAAGUGAUUCAUUAAUUGUUUCAUCAGUUAUACUGGCUGGAUUUAUUUCAUGGUAUAUUUCAUAUUGUUCCAAUCCAAAUCCACCACCAACCAAAGAACCAAUCAAAAAUGAACUGAACUGGCUGGCACAGUUAUUUGGCUAUCUAAGUGCUGCUCUUUAUCUUGGUUCACGUAUCCCACAAAUUUUAUUAAAUUUCCAAAGAAGAUCAUGUGAAGGUAUAUCCUUUCUAUUUUUCUUAUUUGCUUGCAUUGGUAAUAUUACUUUCAUUGUUUCAGUGAUGGCAAUCUCAUUAGAACCAUCGUACCUUUUAUUAAAUGCAUCAUGGCUAAUCGGUAGCACAGGAACUUUGUUGAUGGAUUUCGUUAUCUUUGCUCAAUUCUUUGCGUACGGAAGAUCAUCAAAAAUAUAUACACAAAGCUCAGUAUGA